AUGAAGAUUCACCUGGUUGACGGGACCUAUGAGUUGUUCCGAGCCUACUUUGCCUUGCCAUCAAUUUCAGCCCCCGAUGGUCGCGAGGUGGGGGCUGUCCGUGGGCUGAUACAGACCCUGAUUGGAUUGUUACGCCAGCCCGAUGUAACCCACGUGGCAGUGGCCUUCGACAGCGAGAUUCUCUCUUUUCGCAACGAACUGUUCGAGGGGUACAAGACCGGCGAGGGAACGCCUCCGGAAUUGCUGGAGCAGUUUCCCCUGGCCGAACGGGCAACGGCAGCAUUGGGCCUGGUGGUGUGGCCGAUGGUGGAGUUCGAGGCCGACGACGCCCUGGGCGCGGCGGCAGUCCGCUGGCAGGACGCACCCGGUGUUGAGCAGAUAGUCCUGUGCUCGCCGGACAAGGACCUGGCCCAGGUCGUGCGCGGCGAACGGGUCGUGGCCCUGGACCGGCGCAAGGACGUGGUCAUGGACGAGGCCGGGGUUCGGGAGAAGUUUGGCGUAUCCCCCGCGUCCAUACCAGACUACCUGGGCUUGGUCGGCGACAGCGCCGACGGCAUCCCCGGCAUCCCCCGCUGGGGAGCCAAGGGCACCGCACGGGUCCUGGCCAACUACGGCCACAUCGAGCAGAUUCCACAAGACGCCGCCGACUGGCAAUUAACGUGCGGGGCGCCAAGUCCCUCGCCGCCAGCCUGUCCAACAACAUGGAAGCCGCCCUCCUCUACCGCCAGCUUGCCACCCUGCGCCUGGACGUCCCAAUAG